AUGACGAAGGAGGAAGAUGAAUUGGCUCUUCAGGAUGCUCUUGCCCCAAAAUUGUCUAACCUCCAAGUCAUGGAUCCGUCCAAAAGGGUUCCUGACCCUCCGGAGAAGAGAGGCGAUGGAGGAAUACCGUCGCUGACUCUGAAUGCAGAUACACACAUGGAUCCUAGGGAGACAGAUACAAUGGCCCCCGUAGAUAUGAUUGCUGAGUCGGGAGGGAACACAGCCGGGGAGGAGAGUAGAAGGGGAGCAGCAAAAAAACGGCUCAAAGGAAUUCUCAAAACCUUUAUGAAGAAGUACAAGACCGAUUUGGUUAUCCUGCUGGAAACUAGAGUCAGUGGAACUGUUGGAUCCAACAUACUUAAAAAGUUAGGAUUCACAAAUUCGAUUAUUGAGGAAGCUAGAGGCUUCGCUGGGGGGAUUUGGAUCUUAUGGAACCAAACCACCUUCACAGUUGACCUUGUGGAGCAAAGCCACCAGUGUAUACAUUUGCGCAUCAAUUGGCCCGAUAAAGAGCCCUUUAUCAUGUCAGCGGUGUACGCCAGCCCAAACUUAGACAAAAGGAAUUCCUUUUGGGAUGAGCUGAGAGACUUCCAUACUAGGAACAAUGAGGCCUGGGUCCUAGCUGGUGACUUUAAUGAUAUCUUAGGGCCCAAUGAGAAACGGGGAGGUGCCUCCAUGACCACAACAGAUGCCUGGCCUUCUCCACUGUGCUGGACGACUGUAACCUUCUGGACAUGGGGGGCAGGUCCGUUCUUCACUUGGAAAGAGCCCAAAUUUGCCCAUCUGGACAGAGUGUAUAAACGUCUGGAUAGGGGAGAAAGGCCCUUUCGGCUUUUCCCUCCUUGGCUGGAUCACCCUAAUUUCAAGCAGGUCCUAAAGGAUAAUUGGAAGGAAGAAUUGGACUCUCCUAGCAAUCUGUCUCUCCUGACCCCAGUCCUUCGGGAUUGUAACUCCAAAACAUUUGGAAAUAUUCUGCAAAAAAAAUACUCCAUCAUGCAGAGGCUUCUUGGCAUCCAGAGAAGCCUAGAAAUCAAGGAGAAUCGUUUCUUAGAAGACCUUGAGAUAGAGCUGAACCUGGAGCUUGAAGACACCCUUUCCCUUGAAGAGAAGCUGUGGUACCAAAAAUCCAGGGAGAAGUGGAUUCGAGAUGGAGAUAGAAAUACCACUUACUACCACACUACUGCAGUUAUUAGAAGGAGAAGGAACAAGAUUGGAGCUCUCAAGAAUGAUUUAGGUAUAUGGAUCCGAAAAGAGCACAUUCUUAAGGAGAUGGCCACCAACUUUUACAAGGACCUGUUCUCUGAGGAUGUUGUGUUAAGACCUUGA